AGGCGGGGAGUCUUGUGGGAAAAUCCAUUGGGAUGGAUCUAGUAUUUGAUAGGCGGGAUUUAGAGGAUAAGGUGAGUCAGGAUUGCAAAAGACACCGGACGGACCAUCGACUCGCCCUGCCAGGUUCAAUCGCGUGGACUGAUGAUUUAGAUAAGACGGACAACACAAGGCACAGACGGAGACAUGGGCGAGACUGGGAUUGUUACAAGAUCUGCUGAGUAUAUUGGCUCAUUUCCUGUAGAUGACACUUGUCUGGAUGAUCAAAUCCACCAGCUGCACGCUCAGCUCAAAUCCCUCAAGGAUUGCAAGCGCAGACGAACAGUUUCAUUAAAAUUCUCAGUCAAAGGAGUCAAAGUUUAUGAUGAAGAUGAAACGAAGCUCCUCAUGGCUCAUGCCAUGAGUCGAGUCUCACUGUCUACCGCCCGUCCCUCUGAUGCCCAGUUUGCCUUCGUCUCUCAUAAUCCUGGUCAUUCUGACGUCCAGCUUUACUGCCAUGUCUUCAGAGCGAGACAUGCCCGAGCUGCACAGUUUCUGAACCUGCUACUUUGCCGCUGUUUUCAACUGUAUUUUUUGGAGAAGCAUCCAGAAGAAGCUGAGCAAGAGCAUUCGGAGAAGAGACCUUCUCGAACUCCAUCGCUGCUUAACCAAGGCUUCCCUCUCAGCGUUAGCGCCUUGGUGUCUUUCCGCAGGGCCCCAACUCAAGGUCUGCUGCCCGGGGCAAAGGUCGUCUCGGAACCAAAUCCAGAACUUGUGAGCAGUCCAGAGGAGGGCCCUACCUCGUCUCCAACUAUAGUUCGUAAAAUGGCGAUCCGGACCAAAGCGAUACGAUCUGGAGCGUAUCGCUCAUUUACCUUUACUCCUCUCAAACAGCGCCACCUGCAGGAUAAGCUGAACGCUCCACAAGAAAAGGAUCAGGAAAGUGCAAAAGCAUGCAGCGUUCGGGCUCCCAGUUUGGCCGAGACCGAAGAAGCACUGGCUCAGGCAGUGUGGUGCUGGGCUGGCGUCUCUAGUGAUUGUAGCUCUGCGCUGCUGGUGGAUGAUGUGCUCGGUGCCUUUCUUCUGUGUCCUCAUCCCAAAAAGCCCAACCGUGGAUCUCUUCUAGUCCGCUUUCCCUCAGGCCUGGUGAAUCAUGCUAUUAAGAAUUCCAAGGGAAAAAUCCGCCUUGAGAAGUGCCAGGUUGAGUUUGAAAGUCUUGCAGCGUUGAUCACGCACUACACAGAGGUCAGUGAUGAGCUGGAAUAUCAUCUGAGCUGUGCUCGGGUCAAUCACUGCUAUGAUUGGGAGGACACUGGAAACAAGAGUUCGCAUUUACCGCCAAAUGCAAAGAAAGGCCCAUUGAAAAGCCAGUGUCCAAAUUGGGUUUGAACCAGGUCCUCACCCCACUUUUUUUUAAAAUAUGGAUGUUUUAUAGACUUUUAUCAUUUUUAUAUAUAAGUCUUAAACCGCUGACAUUUAGUAAGCCAUCUUAACCUCGAUCUCAAGUCACUAUUUUUUUGUUUUUUAUACACUUGUGUUUCUCUUUGCAAUAACCUGAAAUCACCUAAAGCACUUGCAUUUUAGGGAACAAGCACUAAUUGAGAUUACGUAAUGUUUUUCAUGUUAAUGUCAGCAUUUAAAUGUAUACUCAUUGUUUUUGGCAAAAGGUACAGACUUGUUUUUUGAAUGUAUUAUGUGGAAAUAAUCUGUAUGUGAAGCACUGUGCACCUCUAUUGGAAUGAAUAUGUUGGUCUUGUUCUUUUUUCUUUUUUUGGCUUUGUGUAUUACCACCAGUUUUAGAGAUCUUGAGUGAUGGGCUCAGACUCCAUAAACCUGCACUGUCCAAUUGAUGGAUUUUGCUUUGCUACCUUUUGUACUAUUUUUGUGCCAUUUAAGUCCAUUGUUCCUCAUUUAUCAUACACACAUUGUUUGUUAUUGGUUGUGCACCAAUAUAAAUGUAAUGUGUCUAGCCUUUUUGCAUAAACAGUUUAUGGUCACACA